AUGGCUGUGGUUUGGGGAUAUGACUGUCUCGAAUUAGUUAUACUGGAGGCUGGACUCGGCGUUGGCGAGAGCAAACUUGCGAUUCUUCGCCGAUACUACAACCAUCUUACCUGGAGAUUGACUUGCUCAUCACUGCCGGGAGCAGUGCAGCCGGAUAAAGGUUGUUUGGCACUCCACCCACGGCGUUCCAGCAGCCUACCGAGUUAUUACUUCCCUACAACAACCCAAAACGACCUGCCUAUCCUGAUCUAUAUAAUACUCGGCUCGCAGAGCGGACGCUAUGAAUACAAAUCUUCUUUCAGACCGGAUCGAAAUCGUGGCAUAGAGCUACCUUGUCGUCUAUAG